GUACGCAGCCCUGCGCUGAGGAUAUCGCAGAAACUCGCAGGCAUUCGCGCUGCAUUCAGCCUUUAUAUCACCCGCCUGAGCGCUGCGCGUCGGCUACACGCCACUCAAAUCAACAUCAUCAGGGCUCGUGCGGUGUUUAUUGAUUACUGGUGCGGCGCGCGCGCUUAAUGGAUUAAAAUGUGAAUCUAUGAGUUACUUUGCAGCAAAGGCUGAUAUCUGACUGACAUCAUUCACCAGGCAGCUCUGGAGCAGGAUUUUAAAGAUGGAGUUUUGGGUUUUGCCAGCAUGUCGGAUCAGCUUGAUGUUGACACUGAUGUCGUCCACUGGUCGGGGAGUAGCGAGCCAGACGCAGAGUGCUUACUUCCUCCCUGAAUUUGCACUUUCUCCACAAGGAAGCUUUCUGGAAGACACAACAGGAGAGCAGUAUCUCACUUACCGCUAUGAUGACCAGUCUUCAAGAACGACACGCUCAGAUGAGGAGAGGGACACCGGUUGGGAUGCCUGGGGCACGUGGAGCGACUGUUCUCGUACCUGUGGAGGCGGAGCCUCAUAUUCUCUGCGCAGGUGUCUCAAUGGAGGGAACUGUGAGGGCAGGAACAUCCGCUACAGAACAUGCAGCAACACAGACUGUCCUCUAGAGUCAGGUGACUUCAGGGCUCAGCAAUGCUCCGCCCACAACGACAUCAAGUACCAGGGACAAACCUAUGAGUGGAUACCUGUGACGUACGAUCCUAUUUCACCCUGCGCACUCCGAUGUCAAGCCCGGGGCAAAAACCUGGUGGUGGAACUGGCGCCCAAAGUGUUGGACGGCACUCGGUGCAAAGCGGAUUCUCUGGAUAUGUGCAUCAGUGGGAUUUGUCAGGAAAUUGGCUGUGACAGACAACUGGGAAGCAACGCUAAAGAGGACAACUGUGGCGUGUGCGCUGGAGACGGUUCCACUUGUCGACUGGUCCGAGGCCAGGCUUUGCCCCACGUUUCAUCUGAGGAACCAUCCCGAGCAGCCAGUCACAACAACAUUGGAUCAGCCCAGAGCCGUAACCUGCUCUGUUACGUGAUUGAAGCUCAUGCACCAAACAGCAAGAGAGAAGAGGUGGUGUUCAGCUCUUCAGGUCCUCACACUCUGGGUAACAACACAGUGGAGUACCAGAGAGGAGCAGAAAGACAGACGCUCCGCUGCUACGGACCGCUGUCUGCAGACUUUACAAUAAAGGUGAAGUACGCUGGCCUUAAAGACACAGUGAUGCAGUUCAUGUUUUACCAGCCUAUUCGCUACCAGUGGAGGGAAACUGACUUCUUCCCCUGCUCUGUCACCUGUGGAGGGGGUUAUCAGCUCAAUUCGGCUGACUGUAUGGACAUUCGUUACAACAAAUCGGUUGCGGAGCACCUGUGCCACAGCUUCCCAGAGAACACCAAACCCACACCCAAACUCAAGGAGUGCAACAUGGAUCCCUGCCUUGAAAGUGAUGGUUUCAAGGAAGUGAUGCCCUAUGACCAGUACCAGCCUCUACCACGGUGGGAGCAGAACCCGUGGACGUCGUGUUCGGUGUCGUGUGGAGGUGGUUCUCAGGAGAGAAGCGUGGGGUGUGUCGAGGAGGACGUCCACGGGCAGAUCGUGCAGGUCGAGGAGUGGAAGUGCACACACUCUCCUCGACCAAUCAGCAAACAGAACUGCAACACCUUUGAGUGUCCGCAGUGGAUGGCCAUGGAGUGGUCUCAGUGCACGGUCACCUGCGGCCCAGGCUUGCGGUACAGAGUCGUGUUGUGUGUGGAUCACAGUGGGCAACAUACUGGCGGCUGCAAUCCCCACCUCAAACCCCAUAUCAAAGAGGACUGCCUGGUCCCCAUCGCCUGCCACAAACCUCGAGUUAGUGAGGACAACGCAAUAGCAAAGCAGUUCAUCCCAGGUCUGUGGUCGGCCUGCAGUGUGUCUUGUGGUCUGGGCGUUCAAAGGCGUCAGGUGAAAUGCAAAGUGCUGCUGUCUUUCACUCAAGCCGAAGUCGAAUUACCUGAUGAAGAGUGUGACGAGGACAAGCCUCCCCUACAAAGGACCUGUGAUUCAGGCCCCUGUUUACCAUCUCCAGACUCGUCCUGGAGGCCCCUGAGCGCCCAGGAGAUCCCUGAUCAGCACGGCUAUGUUUGGGAAUACAUGGGCUUCACUCCCUGCUCAGCUUCAUGUGCUGUUGGCAAACAGAUGGCUGUUGUCAGGUGUGUGAGCACCUUGAAAAAGGAAAUUGCUGAUGACACACUCUGCAACGGCUCCAAAGCGCCACUGACCUUGCUUCGCAUCUGUAACCCUCAGCCGUGUCCUCCAAGCAAUAUGGGCAAACAGAUGGCUGUUGUCAGGUGUGUGAGCACCUUGAAAAAGGAAAUUGCUGAUGACACACUCUGCAACGGCUCCAAAGCGCCACUGGCCUUGCUUCGCAUCUGUAACCCUCAGCCGUGUCCUCCAAGAUGGGAGGUGAGCAUGUGGAACCCGUGUUCUGUGUCGUGUGGCGUGGGGCUGCAGACGCGCAGCGUGUCCUGCGUGAGGUCUGUGGCAGGAAACCGCACUGAAUCUGUGUCCAGCAAAGAGUGUGUGGAGAGAAGACCUCCAGAACUGCAGGCCUGCAGCCAGGUGGCGUGUCCACCGGCCUGGGACGCUGAGGAGUGGCAGCAGUGCUCUCAUUCGUGUGGCAGAGGAACUCAGUGGCGUAAGGUUUACUGUAAACAGAGACUGGCUACUGGAAGUUACCGCAGGUUGAGUGACGAGGAGUGUGCUGGAACCAAACCCGACGGCCACAGGAUUUGCAACAACCCUGACUGUCUGCUGCCUCGUCUGGAAGGAGGAGAGUGGUCAAAGUGUUCUGUGACGUGUGGAAAAGGCGUUCAGCGGAGGGAACCCGUGUGUAGGAGACAGACGGCCUCCGGUCAGCUGGUCACUCUGGACAGGUCGGCCUGCAGUGACCUCCCCCUCCCUCCUCUGAUCAGGAGCUGCCGUAUGAGCCCAUGCAGCAAGCACAAGCACUCCAAAAAACGUUGCCCUCUGGUCAUUGGCCUGAAACGCAUCUACAUCCAGACCAGACAAGAAAAACGCCUCAGUUUUACUAUCGGAGGACGAGCCUACCUUCUUCCCAAGACCUCCAUCGUUAUCAAGUGUCCCGUUCGGCAUUUCCCUAAAGCUCAGGUCCGCUGGGAGAAGGAUGGGAGGGAUCUGACCAGUUCCAAACGUCUGAGCGUCACCAAAUCUGGCGCUUUGAGGAUCUACAACCUGGAGGCUGAAGAUAUCGGACUGUACCGCUGCUGGGCCAACCAAGAUUCAGACAUUUUCAUCCUGAAGCUGAUCGGAUACAAUAAUAGACUCCUGGAACAUCCUGAAGGAAAGAGUUUGGGAAGAAGACACUUUCAUCCGUAUGUCAACAAAGAAGGAGGUUACGUUGGUUCAAAGUGCCAUGAGGGGUUUCCACAUGGAAAGAAGGCUCCAAAAUCUCGCCCGGGAUGGAUGGAAAAAAACGAGUUCUACCGAGAUAACGAUGGCCAGCCUAAGGAGCUCUGGGAUACUCUUGCUUUGGGGAACUAUGCUUUGGCUUCAGCCGCCAGGAGCCACACAGGAGCCUUUGUCCUUGAUCCUGCACAGUUCGAGGAGCUCGUGAAGAACAUCAGUCAGCUGGCCGAGACCGGAGAUGUGACGGAUGAAAUGGCGUUGCACCUGAUUGGAAAACUUAUGGAGGAUUUGGCUGCUGCGGGGCAAGGGGCACCAACUGAGGAAAGCACUGCGAUGGACAAUCAUUUAGAUAAGACGCCAAACACUUCUGAACGUUCUGAGGGAAAGGUGGCAAAAAAAGGCAGUUGGGCGGUUAUCGUUCGACAAAAGCAUCACAGAUCUGCCAUGAGCUUCCAGAGGGAUCUCCGGAUCCAUGUGGGCAGGACCGCUUACCUCACCAAUGCUACCCACAGCCUCACGCUGAUGUGUCCCGCUCAGGGAUUGCCACCUCCAAACCUCUCUUGGAGCAAAGAUGGAGCUCCGCUUCAGAACAGCGACAGGGUUUCGUGGGACAGCGAUGGAGAAGUACACAUCCUCAGCCCCGGCGCCAGUGACGUGGGGACCUACAGAUGCACCGCCACCAACGAUUUGGGCUCCGAUUCAGAGACAACACUAGUUCUGCUGGCUGAAACUCCCACGAUCGCUGCCUCGCGGAGAAACACGUCAGAUCUGAAGAGCAGCAGUCUGAAGGUGGUGGUCGGAGGGGACAUCAGUGUCCGUUUAGGUGCCAACCUCACCCUGGAGUGCCCCGUCAAAGGUGUCCCGCGGCCAACAGUGAGCUGGCACCGUAAGGAGGGUCCGCUAGGCGCCAGCGCUAGUCCUCUCCUGGACGGAUCUCUGCUGCUGAGAAACCUCACACCGCAAGACUAUGGCACCUACUCCUGCGUGGCUGCCAACAGCAUUGGAAAGUCGGUGGCCUCCGGCCUGCUGCGUGUGGCGGGAGGAGCUAUGGGUGAAUCUGAGCACCAGGCUUCAAAGGAGAUGAACAGGAAGAGGGUUCUGAUGGCCUCAGUGAUCGGCACCAGCGUCACAGUCAAACUUGGAGAUACCUUACGGAUAGGUUGUCCGGUGGUCCCCAGUCACAGGAAACCCAUCAAGUGGUCAUAUCAGAACCAGACCCUGAAACAGAGUCCAGGCGUGAGCUACCGCAUGCUGGUGGGGGGAAGAGUUCUGGAGAUGAACACGCACGGAGGGAAGUUUGACGGACGCUACGAGUGCCAAACACAAACCAACAACCAGCAGCGUCUCACGGCUUGGAUUCACGUGCUUUCACAAGAGUUUGAGUGGCGUUUGGGUGAGUGGAGCACAUGCAGCGCUUCCUGUGGCAACAGAGGGACUCAGAUGAGGAAAGUACGAUGUCUGACGUCAGAGGGCCAAGAGAUGCCUCAUUCAGUCUGUCAUCAUCUUCCCAAACCGAUCAGUCAACCACGGCCGUGCAACCUGCUAGACUGCCCUCCCAGUUGGGUGUCGACAGUGUGGUCCAGAUGUUCCAGUUCCUGUGGGCGGGGCUUCAGAGAGAGGCGGGUCUCCUGUCAGCAGGUGGAGGCAUCGGGGAGCGUGAGGGUUUUGUCCAGCACAGCGUGUGAAGGAUCUCCUCGACCUGAAGACAGGGAGGAGUGCAGCUCACACACGUGCGUGGAGUGGCUCACCGGCCCCUGGGGGAAGAUCAUUGGAUUAGGCUGGUAG